AUGAUGUCGCCGAAGCAAAUCUCCGACGAUCGAGGAUCUUCACAUUUCAGGCAUACUCCUUUCCAGAUAAUCCAUCUCAUCGGGAACUUUUUUAGGAUAUGGUCAGUUUAUUCUCUGUACCGAUACUUGAAUCAGACAGGAGCGCCUGUUGUUCUCUUUCUCUUCUGCUGUCUGGUGCCAUCAUCUAUCAUCUUCUUGAUACUUCAGAAACCAUGGAAAGGAAGGGCACUUUCCAAUCAACAGAUUGUACCUUCUCUUAUCAAUGGAGUCAUCACAGCUCUAUACUUCAUCUUGUGGGGAAAGGGUCUUAAGUCUUGUGGACCGCUUAGAGCUAUCUUGUCAGAGUACUCUGGUGCUGUUCUUGGGGUACUUUCUGGAGUAUUAUAUGGACGGAGAGGCCAUGUAUGGAAAAAGGUAGGUGGCCUUAUUGCAAUGCUGGUAGCUCUUUUUUUCUUGUCUCAAGGAUGGGCGACAUCAUCUCUCUCCCCUUUUUAUAUCCUUUUACAUAGUACUGACACCAAAGAGGAAGAAGUACAAACAGAAGCACUAGGUCUGAUGGGAAUGAUGAUACCCGUUUUUGCUGGAAUCUUAUCAGCAUUAAGGCGUGUUAUUGCGCGGCGUGUUUCUCUGAAGAACCAGCAGAAGAAACGACUGCAUGCGAUAACCAUUACUUCUGCAACCUGUUUCUUGUUUCCUUUGGCCAUGUGGGACCUUGUCAUAGGGUCCUCUUCUGGGAAAACUUCUGAGUUACCAUUUUCUGCGUGGGCUUUCCUUAGCACCAUUCUUUUCGGGAUUAUCCUAAUAUUCUAUGUUGACAAUAUCGCAGAAGAGAGAUUGCAUAUGGUGUUUUCUUCCCCAAGGCAUCUAAUGGUAGCAGGUGCAUGCAUAAUAGUCAUGGAGAUUGCAUACGAGAUGGAUUUUUCUCUUCCCGGUUUCAUUGUAUGCUGCUUAGUAUUAGGGUUUGGAAUAUUCGAAGCGACAUCUCUAGAACGCAGCAAAAAAGACUCUUCCAUUAAAUCAGAAGAUCUACCAGAUAGAAUCCUUGGUAAUGACUUGGAUACUUCUCCAAUUCUUCCCAUAUAG